AUGCGAUUUUUGGAAAGUAUUUAUCAACAUUAUGGACGCUAUGUUGCCAGACAUCCUACUCCAUUUCUGCUCCUGCCGAUUAUCAUAACAUUAUCUUUAACUAUUGGAUUGCCUCGCUUUCAUGUUGACAAUGACAUUUGGAAUAUUUAUUCACCAGUAAAUGGGUUGUGUCGUGAGGAGGAAAAAGCGUUGAGACGGUUUGAAUAUGCUAGCGGUGCACAUCAUUACAGAUUGCAAAUUUUGGUAAAUCGUAAAGAUGGAGGUAAUUUAAUGAAUGACAACAAUACGGAUGAGAUGUUAAAGAUGGAAAGAUUUAUAGUUAAUAAUGUAACUGUCAGUGAUGGCAUCCAAUUUUUCACCUAUCAUAACAUUUGUGGUGUUUAUUGCAAUGAGAGCAAUAACAUAGUUCUUACCUUUAUAAAGGCGGCAAUCACUAUGAAUGGUCGGUCUUCAUCAUCAUUAGCUUUCACAUUCCCAAAAGCGAGAAUAUUUGAGAAAUAUAUUUUUAUGGGGUACUCAGUUGGUAAUUUGCACUACUCUGAGCACGAUGCAACAAUUGUUGAUGGUUUCAAACUCUUCAUACUUCAUUUUAUGGUGAAUUUAAAUCUUCCGCAUGGCACAAGAAUUGCAAAAAAUUUCGAAUCGAAAUUGCGAAAAUUACUUACAUUGGCUACUUAUGAAUCCAAGGAUCUGGAAUAUGCUCUAUUCAGCAGAAAUCGUGAAAUUGAAGAGCAGGGUCAAAUAACGCUUGCUUCUUUGCCAUUUCUGGGCGUGACUGCUUUGGUGCUAAUUACAUUUAUGGUCAUUAGCUUGAUCGACUUUUCAUUCCAAAAUAGUCAACAUAUUGAGGCUAUUUUUGCGGUAAUUUCACCGGCGAUGGCAUUAAUUACUUCAUGGGGUAUUUUAUGGGGUAUUGGUUUACCGUUUUCCAAUAUUCUAACUGUCGUACCUUUCCUCGUUAUCACAAUUGGCGUCGAUGAUGCAUUCCUCAUAUUAUCUGCAUGGAGGCAUUCAAACCCAGCUUCUGAUUUUGAAACACGAAUGGGUGAAACGCUUACUCAUUCCGGCACAAGUAUUACAGUAACUUCGCUUACCGAUGUAUUAUGUUUUAUGGUCGGACUAUUUUCGAAUUUACCUGUUGUACGAUUAUUUUGUAUUUAUACUUCCGUCGCAAUUAUGAUUGAUUUCAUUUACCAGAUUACAUUUUUCAUCGCUAUUGUUGCAUACAGUGGAAAACAAAGAAUGAAUCAUCUCGAGGAAAAAGCAUUAUAUUCUAAACAAAAUCUUAAAUCGAGAAAUAUCUUAGAUGGAUUGUGGUCAAAAAUUGAACUGAAAGAUUCGCAUAAAUUAUAUGCUGUCGACGUUGAUAUUCCAAAAUAUUGUUUAAAUGGCGGCGAUUCUUUGUCACCGAAAAUGUUGCAGAAAACAUCAAAAAAGAGUGAAACUGUUCUGCAAAAAUUUGUCGAUGUCCUUCAUUUACCACUUACAAAAUUCGUUGUUAUUGCAACAUUUAUUGCUCAUAUUACUGUAGUAUCGUAUCUUUGCACCAAAGUGAAUACAAAUUUUGAUAUGGAAAAUUUAUACUUGAAAAAUUCAAGUAUGAGUGCAAUUUCACGGCAAUUACAACGUUUCACCCUCAAUGAAGCAUUCGUCGUCAAUUUCGCUCUCUAUCCAAUGCCCAAUUUUGCUGAUGUUUUCAUUCGAAAUAAAUUCGAUCGCCUAAUCGAAGAACUCGAAAUGAUACCAAAAUUCAGUAUGGGAUCAAAUGGAACACUCUUAUGGACUAAAGAUUUCGCAGAUACAGUAGCAUUUUGGGAUGAUGAAAGCAAUUUCUGGCGACCAGACAAACUACUUUCAACAUUUCGAGAGUAUGAAAUGGAAGAAAAGUUCAUCAUAACUGAGAAAAGAGCGGAUGGUGUGGAAGUGAUUUCUGGUUUCUUUUGGUCAAUAACUUACUGUAACAUGAGCAACUUUUUAGAUGUACAAAAGCUUAUGCAACAAAGACGAUCAAUAAUAUCGAAAUAUGCUCAAUUCUUCAAUAUUAGCUCUCAUCAUCCAUUGGAAAAAGUUCCAACUGAAUCAGCAGCUAGCACAGCAACUAACUUUGUCCAAGCUUCAUUUUCUGCUGUUAUUUUAAUGUCAGUCUUAGUUUACUUCUUCAUCACUGACUUAUAUGCCGUCGUAGCCGUUGCUAUUUCCAUUCUGUCCAUUUGCUUCGGAGCACUUGCAUAUUUGCAUUUAUGGGAUGUGCGAUUGGAUGCGGUCUCUCUGAUCAGUUUACUAAUGAGUAUUGGCUUCUCGGUUGACUACAGCGCUCAUAUCUGUUAUCAUUAUCUUGCACAAAAGGACAAUAAGAAAUCGGAAGAACGCUGUCAUCAACCCAUUUCAAUCAUUGUUGGCUCCGAUGUAAAUGCCAAAGAUUUAUCGACCUUACCAUCAAUCAAUAGUAACAACCGUUGUAGUAAUUCGAUUCCUGAUACUCGAGCAAGAUUUCUCGCCACUUUCAAAAAUGUCGGAUGGCCUGUAAUUCAGUCGGGGCUCAGUACUUUACUGGGUAUAUUACCUAUGAUUAUGGUGGAAGCCUAUGUGGUUGCUGUAUUCUGGAAGACAAUAAUACUAAUAGUUGUAUUAGGAAUCAUUCAUGCAUUAAUUUUGUUACCUGUAAUUUUGAUAAUUUUCGAUGAUUUGGAAUGUUAUAUAAAAAAAUCUUAUCGAUCAAAAUAA